AUGAAAGUUUAGAUUGAAGAUGUAUGUUUCGAUUUGGAUCCUAAAUUCAAAGAUCAUUCUGAAUUAUUGAAUUAAUUAUAUGAUCCUACAUCUAAUGAAGUAAGAAUCUCUAUAUAAAUUAGCCAAUUUAAUUGCAAAGUAAAUAUGUCAAUAAGGAAAUUUGGAAAAUAAUUGAACACUAUUAUGUAUUAAAUAACUUUAAGCCUGUAUAAACAGAAGUUAAUUGUAAUAAAAUUAAACUAUAAGAAAAGGUGAUGAUGAAAAUAAAGUAUUUACACCUCAAGAUUUAGAAAUAUUAAGAAUAAUAAAGAAUUCAAACAUUUCAAUUCAUAGAUUUUUAUUAGCAGCAAGAUAUCUAAAUUUACCUUCAUUUUAGGGUGUAAUUUAAAUAGAACUUAUUAGAUCUAUUAGUUAGUAAGUUGGCUACAGAAUUUUAUGUUGAUGUUACAAAACCUAAGCAAUCUCUUGAAAAUUUAUGUAAGAAAUAUCCUUAAGUUCCUGUGGUUACUAAAGAAGAAAUCAAAUAAUAUAAUUAAGUGUUGUAAUACUUAAUUUGAG